AUGAAGUUUCACAAAGUCCACUCUGGAAUGAUGAACAACGAUGCGCCCCUUCAACCUGCCAGGAAGAGUUUCCAGAUCGCAGAGCGGGCCAGGAAAUUCGGCAUUGGCGCUCCUAUUGCGAACGACGAGGCGGCAAGGAAAAUGUCGCCCAUGAUCAUCGAACAGCAGCAGGAGGCACUUCGCAAGAUGAGCGUCAGCCCCCCUCCAGUACACCGCCGACUGUCGACCAGAGGCGGGGUGUCUCCGGAAUUUACCCAGACUGCCCAACUGCAAUUGAACAGCAUUUCACCUACGGUCGAGGGCGCAGUCCCUUCUGGAGCAUAUCCAUCACUCCCUGCCGAGCUGCAGUCGUCCAUCUCACAGUUCAGGAUUGCAGGCUUUGCACAAAAGUACUUUUCGACUCAUAAGAAGGGACUCUUCCGACGCAAGGUACCCAUGGAGAGGAUGCUUCUCCACCAAAAGAGUCCUCUUUCUCAACCCUUGAUGGUCUUCAACAAACGUGGCGUUCAAAAGGAUGCCCUCCGCUGCUUCAAAAUCAUUCAGAAACUGAUGGGCGAGCGCAAGGGUAAUGGAUAUGUUGGACCGACGGGCAUUGAGCUCGGAGAGACCUGUGUCGACCUAUCGAUCCAGUCGGAGGACGAUAUCAAGCUUGUUCUGGAAAUGAUCAAGAAGGGCCUUGACCAUGGGGAGCUUCGAGAUGAGAUAUAUGUCCAGCUGUGCAAGCAAUUGACAGAGAACCCCAGCCGAGAAGGCAGUAUCAAGGGAUGGCACCUGUUUACUAUCCUUUUGAUCACGUUUUCGCCCUCGAAGAAUCUACACGAUUACUUGGCAUCGUUCCUCAAUCAGCACGCAACGAUGUCUCUCCAUCCCAUCCCUGUCAUGGCCCAGCAUUGCCAUGAUCUGCUACGCCGAAUUAGCAAGCGGGGAUCAAGAGCCAAGCUGCUAACAUUGGUCGAGAUUGCGAGAGCACAAGAGGCUGCUUUCAGACCCAGUGUCUUUGAAGCGACUCUGGAGCGUCUUAUGGGUCGUCAGAUGGCUGCAGGAGGUGAAUGGGCGGCAUGGCGCGUCCCCCGGUUGAUGGUAUUCUUGAAAGAGAGUGUGAUUGAGCUUGGCGGUCUCAAGACUGAGGGUAUCUUUCGUAUUUCGGGCGACCUUGGAGCAGUAGCAGAACUGCUCAGCCCAGAAGUGUGCCGUGCUAGGAUAGAGUUGGGUAACUACGACAUCACAGGCAUCACCGAUCCGCACGUCCCUUGCUCGCUCCUUCGACUGUGGAUCCGUGACCUGCCCGAACCUGUGAUUCCCUACGACGUGUACCAGCAGUGCAUCCAAGGCGCGCAGGACAAGGAUGCCGUCGCCAAGGUCAUUACCUCGCUGCCACUCUGGCACAAGGAGAUGAUUAUCUACCUGAUCUCGUUCCUGAAGACAUUCAACAAUGCGACGGUCAGGGAGGCGACCAAGAUGAGUCUGUCGAAUCUGGCCAUGGUCUUUGCACCAACAUUGCUGCAGUGCUCGAGCGACGAUGCACCUCUGCUAAUGGGCCAUCUCCAAGCCGAAAGGGCGUUUGUCUCGACCCUCAUCUCGGAGGUGGAGCUGGCAGACGAGGAUCUUCGUAUCGUUGGGGAGGCCACAGAUCUUAAGUUGAUGCGCCUUGCUCUGGACUCUCAAAUUGUUUUGAAGACGCUGGAUGCCCAAGAGUCCUCCAUGUCCACACCACCGCUGAGUCCAUCCGCAAAGAGCCCUACCCAUACGACCUCACCCCAAGCGUCAAAACGGAGACUUAAUCGGUCGGACUUAUCCAAGCCAAACGAGUCCUGGUUCCUGAUCCUCGUCAAUGCCUUCAAGAGCAACUUUGAACAGACCCUGACCUACAGAGAGUCGGAGCUCUAUGCCUGGAUCAUGCAAGCAUACCCAUACUAUCGCCAUGAUAUGCAUACGAUGCAAACCAGCGUCAAGACAACACUAUCGUCCUACGAGUGCUUCCGGCAAAACGGGAGGAGUACCUGGACAUUCAUCCCUAGACGAGCAUUGGUUCACCUCGAGAGCCUCAAGACUGAGGAAGGCCGGCGAGGGAGCGACGGCUCGGGAGACGAGGACGAGGAAGAGUUGGAGGAAGAGGACGAGGAGAUCAUGGAUCAUAAUCAUGUUGAGGACGGCACAGGAACUCAUUAUCCCCGCGAAAACCAAUAUAGUCCACACGAGCACCACAACCGCUUCGAUCACCAUCAGGAUGGCCCUUCCGACACAAGGAUACGGUAUAUCGACAGGACGAUCGACAUAAUUGAUGCAGACUCGCCAACACUGUCUGUGGAGGAAAUCCAGCGCUUCAAGCAGGAGCAUUCGGGAGCCCAGGCCAGGAAACUCAAGCGGAAGGCCUCUGGCGGGCAUGCAAGUCGGCCGAGGACACGUUCACCCCCCGCUGCCCUUCAGGACGAGUGCAGCAUGUCGAUGGAGGCCUGGUGCAAUCUGCUGGUUCAGAUGUUCGAGGCUUCGCCCAAACAAAAGACAAUACGGGAAAUCUAUGCCUGGGUCCAUGACAAUUACCCCAUCUACCAGAAUGCACCAGGAGACGCAUGGCAAGCCGACUUGACAGCCGCCCUGGAGUCCAACCCUUUGUUCAGAGCGAUGGGUCGAGGACGGUGGCAGAUGGCUACCCAGCCUGUUCAACCGGUCGUCAUUGUGAACGGCUCUGCUGUCAUUGCCUCAGGAAGCGGAUCGGCCAGCAAUCCCUCGGUCAAAGCAGAGGAUGAUGUAACGGACAGCCCUUCGGUCACAGAGGACGAAGACUGGAAGGCGAUCGGAUCGAAGCGACUUCUCAACUUUUCCUUUAGGCGAUACUCCAUUGCGACAGACACCUUCCCUAAGAACCACUACAAGGUCGGCUCGACUAUGCCUGCAGGGUCCAACCUCCACCCUUCUGCAGCCGCAGGCUCGAAUGCAACCAUUGCGACCGCCUCGACCUCUUCCUCUUUCACAGCAACAACAUCAUCAGGAAUGUUACUCCCGCUGGACCAUCGGCCCUCAACUUACACCAGCGGCAGACGUUUUUCAUCCUUCCAUCAACCGACACCCAAGAACUCUCCCCCUCUCUCAGCAACAACGACAGGAUUGCCUACAGUGGACGAAUUUGGCUCACAGCUCUCCAAUGCCCUUUCGGAGGAGACAGAGGAUGAGGAUCCGGCAAAGCGGUAUAUGGCGCCUUUGCAAAAUGCCAUCAACUCUGCCGUCCUUGCCCUUCAAACACAAAACCAACAAGACGAACAGAGUCAACAAGCAAGGUCAAGGACACCAUCACUACCACCGACAAUGUCAACUCAGCACGCAGUCAAACCCAACUUCUACGAGUACUCUCAUCAACAUACACUAACGACUCCCUCGAUCACUGUUCAGGACACCAGUGCAGCACAAGUUUCAUCUGGCCAGGCACCGCAAACGUCGACGGAAGCAGACGCUGCGCAAAUCCCUCGACCAGAGCCCGAGAUCGUAAUACCCAAUGGCGAGGAUCUCGCUUCAGACCAGAUGGAUGCUAUCCAAGCACUGGCUCUGCUAUGUGGAGGUGGCGUUUAG